GCAUAUUUCGUAUAAAUACAGUCCUUAAUAGCUUUCAUAUAUCUCCUUUAAAUGGAGUACCAUCUCUGUAGUAUUUAAGGCAACACCCAUACCACGUUGAGAGUACCGGUUCUCGUCUGAUCACCGAAGUCAAGCAACGUUGGGCACGGUUAGUACUUGGAUGGGUGACCGCUUGGGAACACCGUGUGGCGUUGUCACAAUUUUUUUUCUUUUUGCCACAUUGAAUCUAGUCUAGGAUCAAAUUCCAACGGGAACUGACAGUAACCACAAUAUAUCGCUGCAGGAGAGUAAGAUCGGAUGUAAAGCACACUCGAGAAAACGAUCUUCAGUUAAGCAAAGGUAUUUUGCGGCGAGAUGUCGGAGGCGAAGAAGAAAGUACUCAUGGUUUGUUUAGGCAACAUUUGUCGUUCGCCGAUAGCGGAGGCUGUGUUCGAGAAUGAGGUAAACAAGAGGGGUUUGCAAGACCAGUGGGAGGUAGAAAGCGCUGCCGUUAUGGGAUACCAUACAGGUAAAAAGCCGGACACCAGGGCCCGCAGUACGCUACAAGCAAAUGGGAUCACUAAUUAUUCCCACAAAGCACGCCCAAUCAAACCAUCAGACUUCAAUGAAUAUGACUGGAUAUUCGGUAUGGAUCAUGACAAUAUUGAGGAUUUGAAUAAGCAAAAACCAGAGAAUUGCCGUGCAAAGGUGGAGCUCCUAGGAAGUUACGAUCCAAGUGGGAACAUUAUAAUACGAGAUCCGUAUUACGAUUCUAAUAGCGCAGAAUUUCAGACAGUUUACGACCAAUGCUUAGCAAGCGUAACAGCAUUUUUGAACAAAUAUACAAGUUGACUACUUUAAAAUAUCGCUUCAUCUGUACUGCAUAAAGAAGACGAUUUAGAAAAAAAAA